AUGGCCGACACACAUACUGCUUCCGUCGAAGAGGCCAACGCCGCCCGUCUUCCUCUCGGUUACCGCGACCAAUGCUCUGCACUCUUGAUCCCGCUCAACAAGUGCAGGAAACAGACGCUCUAUGCACCCUGGAAGUGCGAGGAUGAACGCCACACAUACGAAAAGUGUCAAUACGACGACUUCAUCCGACGACAACGCGAGCUUUCACAACUGAAAAAGGCAAAGGCCGAGGCCGAGGAGUAA